UAGAUUAAUUAGCCUCUAAGUUUUUAUUGAUGUGACUGCAAAAGGACCAAAUACUGCAGCAGGUGUACGUUCCUUUGGGAAUAUGGGGGCAAGAGUGCCGUUGGUUUCUUCAAUGGGAAGGCCAGCAACUGGGGCUGUUCCGGAUGGACUCUCUGUUGCUAGACCAAUGACAGCAGUGCGUGCAGCAGGCUAUUCUUCUUCACUCCACAGAGGCUCUGCAUUUGAUCCUCUUGGACAAUCAAGGGGACCUGCUACUCCUCUUGAAACAAAGAAUGAGGACACGCCAGAAGAAAAAGUUAAGAAUUUGGAAAGGACAGUGAAUGAGCUGAUAGAAGAAAGUUGCAUUGCUAAUGGGCGUGGUGAUCUACAGUUGGCCUUAGAAAAAGCAAAAGAAGCAGGGAGGAAAGAAAGGAUGCUGGUGAGACAGAGAGAGCAAACAGUAUCAGCAGAUCACAUCAAUCUGGAUCUUACUUAUUCGGUUCUUUUCAAUUUAGCCAGCCAGUAUGCAGCCAAUGACAUGUACGCAGAAGCUUUAAAUACCUAUCAGGUGAUUGUAAAAAACAAGAUGUUCAAUAAUGCAGGUCGGCUGAAGGUAAAUAUGGCAAAUAUUUACUUCAAACAAAGGAAUUACCCUAAGGCAAUAAAAUUUUAUCGAAUGGCACUGGAUCAGAUAUCAAGUUCCCACAAGGAAAUGAGGAUUAAAAUAAUGCAGAACAUUGGUGUUGUUUUUGUCAAAAUGGGACAGUACUCUGAUGCAAUUACGUCCUUUGAACACAUUAUGAGUGAAAGCCCAAAUUUAAAAACCAGCUUUAACCUUAUUCUGUGCUACUUUGCCAUUGGUGAUCGUGAAAAGAUGAAGAAAGCAUUCCAGAAGCUGAUAAUGGUCCCACUUGGUAUUGAUGAAGAUGACAAAUACAUUCCGCCAAAUGAUGAUCCACAUAUGAAUCUAGUAAUGGAAGCUAUCAAGAAUGAUCCACUCAGGCAAAUGGAGCGAGAACGGAAGGCAAUGGCAGAGAGAUUUAUUAUGACUGCAGCUAAGUUGAUAGCACCUGCAAUUGAACCAUCUUUUGCUGCUGGAUAUGACUGGUGUGUGGAAAUGGUUAAGACUUCCCAAUAUGUUGAGCUAGCUAAUGACCUGGAAAUUAAUAAAGCCAUCACUUACCUGAGACAGAGGGAUUUUAACCAGGCUGUGGAGACUCUGAAAAUGUUUGAGAAAAAAGAUAGCAGGGUUAAGAGCGCAGCUGCAACAAACCUCUCCUUCCUUUACUUUUUGGAAAAUGAUUUUGGGCUAGCAGACCGUUAUGCAGACCUUGCUAUGGCUGCUGAUCGAUAUAACCCAGCAGCACUAACUAAUAAAGGAAACUGUGUUUUUGCACGUGGUGACUUUGAGAAAGCAGCAGAAUUUUAUAAGGAAGCCCUGCGGAAUGAUUCAUCUUUUACUGAGGCACUCUAUAACUUGGGUCUUACAUACAGGAAUUUGAACAGACUAGAUGAAGCUUUGGAUUGUUUCUUGAAGCUCCAUGCAAUCAUGAGAAAUAAUGGCCAAGUUAUGUAUCAGAUUGCAAAUUUAUAUGAAACAUUGGAGGAUAUACCUCAAGCCAUUGAAUGGCUCAUGCAGUUGAUUAGUGUUGCCCCCACAGAUUCGCAGGCACUUGCUAAGUUAGGGGACCUGUAUGACAGUGAGGGAGAUAAAUCUCAAGCCUUCCAGUAUUAUUAUGAGUCAUUUAGAUAUUUCCCAUCAAAUAUUGAGGGCAUUGAAUGGCUUGGGGCCUACUAUAUUGACACACAAUUCUGUGAAAAAGCUAUUCAGUACUUUGAAAGGGCAGCACUCAUCCAACCUACUCAAGUGAAAUGGCGGUUAAUGGUGGCUAGCUGCUACAGAAGAAGUGGUAACUACCAAAAGGCAUUGGAAACGUACAAAGAUAUUCACCGGAAGUUUCCAGAAAAUAUUGAAUGCUUGCGCUUUCUAGUUCGACUUUGUACAGAUAUGGGGCUGAAUGAGGUUCAGGAAUAUGCCACGAGACUGAAGAAAGUUGAGAAACAGAAGGAAUUAAGAGAACAGCGUGUUAAAUCUGGCAGAGAUAGCAGUGCUCGUGGACGUAGAGAGGGGAGUGCUGGUAGUGAAAAUGGACAAAAUAGUUAUGUUAGUAGUGCCAAAGGAGAAAGGUUGAGUGCAAAGUUGAGGACACUACCAGGAGUUAAUGACCCCUAUGAAACCAGCACCAAUAAAGAUAUAGAUGCAUCAUACGUGGAUCCACUUGGACCACAAAUUGAACGGCCCAAAACUGCAGCUCGUAAACGCAUUGAAGAAGAUGAAUUUGCAGAUGAAGAACUAGGAGAUGAUUUGUUACCAGAGUGAUGACUGCAGUCUCCAGAUAGAAAACAAACAAAUUAAAUCAGUCAAUAUUAAAAUAGCUAUUUCCUUUAUUUUGCUUAAAAUGUAGUAUUUAUUUGUAAUUAAUUAUAAAUGUAAAUAUGUUUGAUAUUUCAGAUUUGUAAUUUUUGUAAUGUUAUUUAGCAUCUUAUGGGUUCAUGUAUAUUUAAAGAUUGACUAAAAUCUGUAAUUGUUAUUAUUGUAUUUGAUUAUCACUAUUGCAUGAUUGUCCAAUAAUCCUAGAUAUUAAAUAUUUAGGAUUGAAGAGAUGUGACAAUUUGUUUACUGUAAAAAAAAAUCUACCACCACCUUGUGCAUUUUUGAUAAUAAAUUUAACUAUUAAAAUCAAAAUUGGUAGAUGGACCUGUAGCUUUAUAAUUAUUAACCGGCUCUUAAAUUUUUAAAAAAUUGAUCCAUUUAAAUAGCACACACAAAAUGCUGGUGGAACGCAGCAGGCCAGACAGCAUCCAUAGGAAGAAGCACAGUCAACGUUUCAGGCUUACUAUCUCUUCUUUCAGUUAGUCCUGACGAAGGGUCUCGGCCUCCACCAGCAUUUUGUGUGAGUUGCUUGAAUUUCCAGCAUCUGCAGAUUUCCUCGUUUCCAUUCAAAUAGCUCAGAAUCACCAGAUACUGUGAUCUCUGUUUAUGUUGUAAACUUUGAUGAGGGGUGAAAAUGCUGGUCAGGCAACAUCCAGCAAGAGCUUUACAUAAUGCUGCUUAGUUCACCAUAUUCAAAUUUGUGCUGCUUUCUAGGAAUAUCCUUUGUACGUUUCUUCUAAAUUCAUAAAUCAAUAGUUGCACUAAGAUGUGCUAAGGUUUGAAGUGAGCUGUACUUAUUAGGAAGCACCACCAAGCUAAAGUCAUUUACAGAUCUCACAGCAGGUUGAUGUUUGGAGUAUAGCUUAAAUACUUGUCAGGGGGCAUUUAAGAUUCUGGGGGGUGGGUUAAGCAGCACCCUAACUUGAGCACGAGACCUGAAAGACUGUGCCAACUUGCGCUGUCAUCAACAUCUGAUAGGAAUUCCCGGUUUCUGUUAAUUUUUUAUUUUAAUUUAGCCCCAUUAAUGAUAGAUAAAUAAGUAUGGCACAAUCUCUGAGUUUGAAGUCAGUGAAGCCUUGAAUUCUAAUCCUGCUAUGCAAAAGAAACUGCAAAAAGUGCAUCAAUACAAUGUCACAUACCUGUAGUAUGGUUUUAUUCCAUUCCCAUCAGAUCAGCGAUACCCCAUGUGCCUUAUUUGUGAUAUUGUUCUAAUGAAGCCAUGAAACCAUCAAGAUUGUACGAACACUUUUGUAAAAGACAACAUAAAAAGACUACUUAUGGUAUUACUCAGUUCCAGAUGAAAGAUGCAUUUGAAAAGCGUUGCACACUCAAGUUAUUUGCCAAGAAAACUAAAAAUGACCUUGAUAGAAGUCUCAUUGCUUCUUAUAACAUUUCCAAAAUGAUAGCAAAGUAUGGACAUCUCAUACAAUUGGUGGAAGAUUAAUAAUAACUGCUGUCCCAGAAGUAGUCACCACUGUUCUCAAAAUGGAUACCAGUAUUUUAAAAUCAAUUAAUCUGAGUAAAAACUCUGUAGCUCAUCGUAUCGAUAAAAUGAGUGAAAACAUUGAGUAUCAACUAUUCACAGAGCUAUAAAAGAAAACAAUUUGGAAUACAACAGAGUCAACUGUGUGAGACAAUGUAUUACUAAUGUCAUAUGUACAGUUCAUCAAAAAUGGAAAAGUUCUAGAGAUUCUCUUUUGUAAAAUGUUAAAAACGAAUAUCCACGGAGUAUCAAUCUAUGAUGAGCUCAAAAUGUCUAUUGGGGAUGAAAGUAUUCCGAUUAGCAAAAUGAUUUCUUGUGCAACAGAUGAAACACCAUAUAUGACAGGUCACCAUGUUGGUUUAGUGGCAUUUAUGAAAAAAGAAAUUGCAAGUCUAUUUACAGUCCAUUAUGUAAUUUGUCAACAUCUCUAUUAAAUAGAAUAUUUCACCAAUUAUGCCAAGAUAAUGAUGAAGAAUUUGAACGCUUGCUUCUUCGCACUGAAGAAGUUGGCUGCCAAAAGGCUGCUGCUUAAAAUAUUUCUUUAAUCUUUUUGACACUGUCAUUGAAUUUUUGCUCAAAGUUGACAAGAACUUGGGAAAUAAGAUUGAACUUCUACGUGGAGAUGUGGCAUACCUAGCUGAUCUGUAUGACAAAAUGAACGUUCUAAAUUUGAAACUGCUAAGUGAGAAUUUCAAUUUAAUCCAGGCAAAAAGUGCUGUGUCCACUUUUAUGGGAAAAUUGGAAAUAUAUAGGCAAACAUUGGGAGAGGAAUGCUCUCACAAUUUCCUUGCCUAGAAAGUAUGGCACUCUCUUUCACAGAUGGUGAUUUGCAAGAGUACUGCUUACACCUGUAGUCACUGAAGAAGGAUUUUCAGAAUUGAUCAAGAAUUUGAACGGUAUGGAAAUUCUGGAUUGGGUAAUUAUCCCAUCUCUUUGCAAGGUGGAAGAACAGGAGGAGAGCUUGCAAGAAGAAAUUAUCGAAAUUCAGAAUGAUAAAGCAGCAAAAGUGCUUUUCAAAAAUGUCUGCUUUUGUGGUACGUGGCUAUACUGUCAUACAAAAUUUCCUGGUCUUUAGAGAAGAACCAAACUGCUUUUCGUUGCGUUUCCAUCCUCCUACCUUGUUGAAAGAGGCUCCAGUGCAGUGAAUCACUUACUCACAAAAGACAGAAACUGCUUGGACAUUGUCACGCAUGGGGACUUAAGGCUUUUCCUAUCAUAACUUGAACCAGAUCUUUCAACUCUUGCUAAAAACUAUGGCUAACAUGAGAGGACACAGUUUUAAGGUUCUUGGAAGUAGGUACAGAGGAGAUGUCGGGGUAAGAUUUUUUAUGCAGAGAGUAGUGAGUGCGUGGAAUAGGCUGCCAGCAACGGUGGUGGAAGCGGAUACCUUAAGGUCUCUUAAGAAACUCCUGGAUAGGUACAUAGAGCUUAGAAAAAUAAAGGGCUAUGGGUAACCCUACGUAAUUUCUAUUGUGCUGUAGGUUUUGUAUGUUUCUAAAAACCAUCAAGCUCAAGGGUCACAUUGCUACUGAAGCUACUGUACAGCACACAGGUAUUGUGUGAGCUAGGUUUAAAGACAUAAAAAUUUAAAGCAGAAUCAUUUUUUGCAAGUCAGCAUAUGGCAGACAUGUUUUUACACUAUGGGGGUGCUGGAAAGUAUAUUGUGCCUAAGAGAGACGUUGGCAAGUAUGAAAGUGCUUCGGGGGCGGGGGAGGUGUUGGGCUGAAAAAUGUUGGGAAACACUGGCUUAAAUAAGACCAUAAGAUUUAGGAGCAGAAGUAGGCUAUUCGGCCCAUUGAGUCAGCUCCAUCAUUCAAUCAUGGGCUGAUCCAAUCCUUCCAGUCAUCCCCACUCCCCAUAACCUUUGAUGCCCUGGCUAAUCAAGAACCUAUCUAUCUCUGCCUUAAAUGCACCCAAAGACUUGGCCUCCACAGUUGCUCAUGGCAACAAAUUCCACAGACUUACCACCCUCUGACAAAAAUAAUUUCUCCGCAUCUCUGUUCUAAAUGGACGUCUUUCAAUCCUGAAGUCACACCCUCUUGUCCUAGACUCCCCUAGCAUGGGAAAUAACUUUGCCAUAUCUAAUCUGUUCAGGCCUUUUAACAUUUGGAAUGCUUCUAUGAGUCCCCCCCCCCCCCCCAAUUCUCCUGGGCUCCAGGGAAUACAGCCCAAGAUCUGCCAGACGUUCCUCAUAUGAUACCCUUUCAUUCCUGGAAUCAUUCUUGAGAACCUUCUCUGAACCCUCUCCAAUGUCAGUAUAUCCUUCCUAAAAUAAGGAGCCCAAAACUGCACACAAUACUCCAAGUGUGGUCUCACAAGUGCCUUAUACAGCCUCAACAUCACAUCCCUGCUCUUAUAUUCUAUACCUCUAGAAAGGAAUGCCAACACUGCAUUCACCUUCUUCACCACCGACUCAACCUGGAAAUUAACCUUUAGAGUAUCCUGCACAAGGACUCCCAAGUCCCUUUGCAUCUCUGCAUUUUGAAUUCUCUCCCCAUCUAAAUAAUAGUCUGCCCGUUUAUUUCUUCCACCAAAGUGCAUGACCAUACAUUUUCCAACAUUGUAUUUCAUUUGCUACUUCUUUGCCCAUUCCAGAAAAACUAUCUAAGCUCUCUGCAGGCUGUUUCCUCAACAGUUCCUCUACCUAUCUUUGUAUCAUCAGCAAAUUUAGCCACAAAUCCAUUAAUCCCAUAGUCCAAAUCACUGACAUACAUAGUAAAAAAGCAGCGAGGGAGUCCCAACACCAACCCCUGUGGAACUCCUCUGGUAACCAGCAGCCAGUCAGAAUAGGAUCCCCUUAUUCCCACUCCCGGUUUUCUGCCGAUCACCCACAAUAGUAACUCUCCCGUAAUUCCAUAGGCUCUUGCUAAGCAGCUUCAUGUGCGGCACCUGGACAAAGGCCUUCUGAAAAUCGAAGUACACCAUGUCUACUGUAUCUCCUUUGUCUACCCUGCUUGUAAUUUCCUCAAAAAAUUGCAGUAGGUUAGUCAAGUAGGAUUUUCCUUUCAGGAAACCAUGCUGGCUUUGGCCUAUCUUGUCAUGUGCCUCUAGGUAUUCCCUAACAAUCGAUUCCAACAACUUUCCAACCACUGAUGUCAGGCUAACAGAUCUAUAGUUUCCUUUCUGCUGCCUCCCAUCCUUCUUAAAUAGCAGACAAACAUUUGCAAUUUUCCAAUCAUCUGGUACAAUGCCAGGAUCUAUCGAUUCUUGAAGGAUCAUCGUUAUUGCUUCCACAAUCUCUCCAGCUACUUCCUUCAGAACCCGAGGGUGCAUUCCAUCAGGUCCAGGAGAUUUAUUCACCCUCAGACCAUUAAGCUUCCUGAGCACCUUCUCAGUCGUAAUUUUCUCUGCAAGUACUUCACUUCCUUGACCCUCUUGAAUGCCCGGUAUACUGCAAAAGUCUUCCACUGUGAAGACUGAUGCAAAACUUCAGUUCCUCUGCCAUCUCUGCGUCUCUCAUUACAAUAUCUCCAGCUUCAUUUUCUAAUGGUCCUAUAUCCACCCUCAACUCUCUUUCACCCUUCAUAUACUGAAAAAAGCCUUUAAUAUCUUCUUUCAUAUUAGUCACCAACUUCCUUUCAUAAUUCAUCUUUUCCUUCCCAAUGACCUUCUUAGUUUCCAUCUGCAAGUUUUUAAAAGCUUCCCAAUCCUCUAUUAUCAGAACUACACUUUGGGAUGUUUGUGGAUGUUCCCAUCAUAUUAGCUAUCUUCAUCACAUCCUUAAUUAACUUAUAAUUAAAAGUAAGAAGCAAGGCUUGUCAGAAGCGGAUUCUUACUCCCACUUCUCAUCUUAGGGCCACAAUUUAACAUAAAGUUAUCUGCUCUUAGAGAAUUUUGUCUAAUAUUGAAACUUAACAUAGCAUACAUCUGUCUUUCAUAAAGGAAAACAGAUAAAUAAUUGCAUUAUCUGACAUGCUUCUUUCAGAAGCAACAUUUGUAGAUCAACUUGCCA